AAAAAAUUUGCCGAGUGAUUAGGGAUAGUAUAUUUUUGCUAUCAAUAAAUCUGUAAUUAAAUUCAAUAUUCACUAUGUGAGAUGAUUUCUUUGGUGAUCCAUCAAUAAGAAGAGUCCAGAAAGAAGGUAUAAUCUGAUCUUAAAUUGCCCAGUGCAUGAUGGACCGUGUUAUCUUGUAUGCUCUUGGCUUUAUAUAAAUAGUUACCUUUUAUCGUACUUCGCGCUAUUCAAAGAUUAACCUAGUUAUAUAAGGAUAGUUUGCAGAUUUACCGUUGAGUGCUCAUUCCGCCUCCAUGGUUGGCCAAGAUUGACCUAUUUUGGCUGUAACCUUCCACCUUCUAAAGUUAAACCUUAGUUUGGGUUCAACUACAAAGGUUGAGCCCUAUGAAGGUGCAUAAAAGCCUGCAGAUUGCUAGGGAAGUUUGUGGAAUGUCAUAUCUUGCAUUAUGCAGGUUAAAGGACUUUAUAGAGGUGCAACAUCAUCUUUUGUUGGGAUGGCUUUUGAGAGUUCACUUCUUUUUGGCAUUUAUUCCCAAACGAAGCAGUCACUACAGGGAGGUGUACAAAAUAGUGGCCCACAGCUCCAAGUAAUAAUUCCUUCUGCAGCUUAUAGCGGAGCUCUUAUCAGCUUUGUGUUAUGUCCAUCAGAGCUUGUGAAGUGUAGGAUGCAAGUUCAAGGCACCGACUCUUUGGUUCCAAGGUCAAGGAGAUACAGUGGUCCCCUUGACUGUGCCCUUAAAGCCGUAAAAACUGAAGGGGUUACGGGCAUUUUUCGUGGAGGUUUUACAACAUUGCUAAGAGAAUCUUUUGGCAAUGCAGUCUUUUUUAGCGUUUAUGAGUAUGUCCGUUAUUACAUGCAUUCACGACUAAAAGCUGCUUCAUCUGACAACAGCCACUUGAUUGACGUGGGAAUUGGGAUUGUGAGUGGUGGCCUUGGGGGUGUUGGUUUUUGGUCUGCUGUUUUGCCCUUCGAUGUGGCAAAAACCAUAAUUCAGACUGCCCCAGAUAAAAGCUCUACAAGAAAUCCUUUUCAGAUCUUGAGCUCGAUUUACAGGAGGGCUGGAUUUAAAGGAUGCUAUACAGGUCUGGGUCCUACCAUAGUUCGGGCAUUUCCUGCCAAUGCAGCAGCAAUCGUUACCUGGGAGCUAGCUAUGAAACUUUUAGGCAUCAAGCAUGACUGAGGAUGGUCUUUUGUUCUUCAAUUUACCAAAUGCUUUAAUUUUCUCUUCCCAUUCCCUAUAGCACAUUCACUCGUUGCUGCUUGGCAAGAUUUCAUCCAGAAAGUUAUUGACAUGGUCUGACCAGGGAGUGCUGAUAUCUGAUAUAAAAUCUUCACUCGAUUCUUUUCGAAAUGAAGCUCCAACAUCUUAUUUGAUAGUCCAUUAAUUAGGACAAAAGUGAUUUCUUUUGAAUCAUUGUGAUUUUUUCAUGUAAGAGCCUCUUUGCUGCGCCAUUUUUUUUUAUUUUUUUUUUUAUUUCCCCUUUUUCCACUGUAGGGUGGUUGGAAGAUUGACUUCAUAGAGUGGUUGAAGAUGUUGCUCAAGCAUUUCAGAUUGAGUUAGGUUUGUAAAAAUUUCAACACUGAUUGUAAUGCUCCUUAGUUGGGGCAUUUUUCAAGUGCUGGACAAGUCCGUGCUCAGUCAGGAAAUAUGAAUUUUGUUACCAAUAUUAAUGAGUAUGAUGAUCUCUCAAA